AUGGGGAGAAACAAUGGGGGCCCAUCAGAAUUUAGAAUUUUCGGAGCUAUGGAAACUCAAAAUCCCAGCCAAGGCGGCAGUGUUUGCAUGGAGACUAAUCAGAAACAGUCUACCAACAAGGAAAAAUCUCAGCAGGAGGCAGUGCAGGUAAAUGACAUGCUCUGUCCUUUUUGCAAAAAUAAAGAGGAAGAUGCUGCUCAUUUAUUCUUCACCUGCAACAGCAUCCUCCCUCUAUGGUGGGAGUCAAUGUCAUGGGAUAAUUUAUCAUCAGCAAUGCCACAACAUCCCAGGGAUCAUUACCUUCAACAUGGACAUAAUGCUGCUGAAGGGAAAAAGUCCACAAGAUGGAAAUGUUGGUGGAUUGCCUUGACAUCCACAAUAUGGAAGCACAGAAACAAAAUUGUCUUCCAAAAUGCUAAUUUCGAUGGAAGCAAGUUGAUGGAUGAUGCGGUUUUCCUCAUCUGGUCGUGGAUCAAAACAAUGGAGAAGGAUUUUGUAAUGCAUUUUAAUCAUUGGUCAUCUAAUCUCAAGGAGGGGUUUAGUAGUUAG